GAGUAAGGACGGUGAGGCCCCGCCUACUAGCUCGGAAGGAGGCGUGGGCAUGGAGGCGGCUGGGGACGCCGAUCCCCGGGCUGACGCUGCUGCCUAGGGCGCCCUGUGGGCUCCGUGGGGGCACGGCCCGGUGCUGCGCGGAUGGCCCUGCUCCCGCGGCACGCGCUCGCCUUCGUCGUCCUCCUCUUCGUGCCUGCCGCUCACAGGUGCCAGGAGCAGGCCCAGACUACCGACUGGCGGGCCACGCUGAAGACCAUCCGGAACGGCGUUCACAAGAUAGACACGUACCUGAACGCCGCCUUGGACCUCCUCGGAGGCGAGGAUGGGCUCUGCCAGUACAAGUGCAAUGACGGAUCUAAGCCUUUCCCACGUUACGGUUAUAAACCCUCCCCGCCGAAUGGAUGUGGCUCUCCACUGUUUGGUGUUCACCUUAAUAUUGGCAUCCCUUCCCUGACAAAGUGCUGUAACCAACACGACAGGUGCUAUGAGACCUGCGGCAAGAGCAAGAACGACUGCGAUGAGGAAUUCCAGUAUUGCCUCUCUAAGAUCUGCCGGGAUGUGCAGAAGACACUAGGACUGGCUCAGCACGUUCAGGGUGAGGAACAAAAUGUGACCGAAAUGGACGCCUUCCGUAAGAGUGAAGUAUUUGAUCCGGCAGAAAAGUACAAAAUGGACCACAAGAGGAGAGGAACUGCUUUAAUCUUCAACCACGAGAGGUUCUUCUGGCAUUUAAUGUUGCCAGAACGGCGGGGCACCAGCGCAGACAGAGACAAUCUAACACGCAGGUUUUCAGAACUAGGAUUUGAAGUGAAAUGCUUUAAUGAUCUUAAAGCAGAAGAACUACUGCUCAAAAUUCAUGAGGCGUCAACCUCUAGCCACACGGAUGCCGACUGCUUUUUAUGUGUUUUCCUGAGUCAUGGUGAAGGCAAUCACAUUUACGCAUAUGAUGCCAAAAUUGAAAUUCAGACACUGACUGGCUUAUUCAAAGGAGACAAAUGUCAAAGCCUAGUUGGAAAACCCAAGAUAUUUAUCAUUCAGGCGUGUCGGGGAGACCAGCAUGACGUGCCAGUCAUUCCUCUGGACGUAGUGGAUCAUCGGACUGACGCACCAGAGGCCAACGUCACCCAGGUGGAUGCGGCCUCCGUGCACACGCUGCCCGCUGGGGCUGACUUCCUCAUGUGCUACUCUGUGGCAGAAGGCUAUUAUUCUCAUCGGGAAACUGUGAAUGGCUCAUGGUACAUUCAAGAUUUGUGUGAGAUGCUGGGGAAAUUCGGCUCCUCCUUGGAGUUCACGGAACUCCUCACUCUGGUGAACAGGAAAGUCUCUCAGCGCCGAGUGGACUUUUGCAAAGACCCAAAUGCAAUUGGAAAGAAGCAGGUUCCCUGCUUUGCCUCAAUGCUAACUAAAAAGCUGCAUUUCUUUCCGAAAUCUAAAUGAUAGGGAAUAUUUUGUUUUAUGUAUCCAUAUUCAAAACAGAUUUUCCAUCUUUUUAUAUAAAUAAAUACCACUAGGUUGAAAUUUAUGAUAAAGUGAUUUGUAGUCUUAAAGGUUUAGUGAGAACUUUAAAGAAUAGUUCAUAUUUGUAUUAGACAUGGUGAAAGGGUUUUGAUAUAUGUGAAAUGAAAUCCUCAGGGAAUUACAAUAAAAAUCCACAAGGAUUUGUAAUACUUGAUUUUUACAGUAAAUCAUAAGGUUACUCUCAAAAUAUCUGGUUCAUUUAACUUGUAUUUUGUUUUUUUAUAAAAGUUUUAUAGUGUAAAAAAAAAAGUUUUAUAGUGUUUUUAAAGGUUUUUGGAAUCCAAGAAUUAGUUGUUUUUCCUUAAUAAAAUAUUUGAAAUUCAUAUUUUAAUUUUUCUAAUGCACUUUCUUAUUUAAUUCAGAGUAGAGUUUUACUUGGUCAUACAAAUUCAUCUACAUAUGGAUUUCCACUUUUUU